GGGACAGCCGAGUAGCACGGUCUCUCCUUCGUCGGUCGUCCAAAACACAACACAAUGGCGGAUAAGGACAAGAAAAUAAAGAAGAAGAAGGCGAAGGAAGAUGCACCAGCAGAAGAGGCUCCGGCCCCAGCCGCGCCCGCGUCCACCGGUGGCAGCGAGCGCCAAAGCUCGCGCGGCAGCCGCAAGGCCAAGCGCACCGGUUCCAACGUCUUCUCCAUGUUCUCACAGAAGCAGGUCGCUGAGUUCAAAGAGGCGUUCCAGCUAAUGGACCACGACAAGGACGGCAUCAUCGGCAAGAACGACCUCCGCGCCACGUUCGACUCGCUCGGCAGGCUCGCCGCCGAGAAGGAGCUCGACGAGAUGGUGAACGAGGCUUCCGGCCCCAUCAACUUCACCCAGCUCCUAACCCUCUUCGCCAACCGCAUGUCCGGCGGCUCCGACGAGGACGACGUCGUCAUCAACGCCUUCAAGACCUUCGACGAGGAGGGCAAGAUCGACUCCGAGCGUCUCCGGCAUGCGCUCAUGACCUGGGGCGACAAGUUCUCCGCUGACGAGGUCGACGAGGCCUACGACCAGAUGGACAUCGACGACAAAGGCUUCAUUGACACCACCAAGCUGAUCACCAUGCUCACAGCCAGCGCCGAGGAGGAGGAAGGCGGAGAAGCGGCGUAAUCCACCAGGCGUCGCCUGAGAGACAGCACUCGCGCUCGGCCCAACGGUUCCGCAUUAAACAUCCGUAACCUGUGAACCGAACAACUUUUUUAUUUUAUACUAUCUCAUAAUAAUAUGUAAUUUAUUGUUUCCAUUUUUAAUUUAUAAUUUUAUUAUAAUGCAAAUAUAGUUCUACUAUUCAAUUGAUGAGUGUAGCACUAUCCUUAACAACAGCGGUAAAUCGUUCGCCCAAGCCGAGUAACAUCCCAAAAGGAAUACUAUGUAUUCUAAAAUUAUAAUUUUCAAAUAAAGUUUUA